UCAAAUCGAACGAACUCCUGUUAGUUCGCACAGCCCGGCUAACACCUUGCUAGCACUUACAACAAUCUACCUGCCCAUCCACUUGAAGGCUCAGGCAACACAUCAAUUUCUCAUUGGAAGAGCUCGAUAAAGCGGCAAAGAAGUGGCAGUCAUGGCCGGGGUGGCAGCGACCUGUGGCCUGGUAGCCCUCCUGGUAGCCGCUGCGGCUUCUCUACCCAAUACAUUGCUAGAAGACACUAAACAGGCAGCCCUAGAGGCAGAACCAAUCGCCUCCAAAGUGAAGAGAGCAGAGGAGGUGAUGCUGUUUGGAAACCAACAGAAUCGACCUUCAACUGAAAACAAAUUCUACCCCACUACUCAAAAGCGAGCCUCAAGCAAGCAUGAUAAGGAUGAACUUCCAACUGCACUACCAAUUGCCAUAUCAAGAAUCAGUAAGGCAUGGGACAAUGGGAACAAAAUUGGACAUCAUGAGCAGCAUGGCAAUGAGGGAAAAUCAACAGGGCGAAACAUACAUUAUCCAGGAGGCCAGAGGGUUCAAUACUCCCAGGAAUUAGGCAAUGGAGACUUGGUUGAUCAGCAAGAGGGCCAGGGUAAUGGAAAAACUGUGUCACAAUAUGAGAAGGGUUACCAGUAUGGUGUGGGGAAGGCAGCACUUGAUAAACAUGUUGAGAAUGCUCUCCUCAAGUCUGAACUGUAUGGUGACCCUGGUGCAGUGAACCAAUAUCGCUACUAUGGGGGAUCAAAUGAAAGGAAACGCAAUCAACAUCUCACAUAUCAACCACCAUCAAAACGCAGCUACCGGCCUGAGUUGCCGUUUGUGUUGCCUACUGAUGACCUCACCAGCAGCAGAGCCAGGCUGAAGCGAGACCUUGGGCUUGAUCCUGAAGAUGUCCUCACUGUGUUGUCACUGUGGGAAGCUGAACAUCGUAUCAAGGCUGACAACAACCAAAGGCUGGAUCCAGCUUGGUUCAGCUAUUAUGGUCUAGACACGCCUGAAUCUUUCAGAGGAGAGGAAGGUGAUGAAGGGGGUGAAGAUGACGAAGAUACAUCUCAAAUUGAUGGUGGAUGGCUGGAAGGACCAGUAUCAAAUCCAUCAGCUACCCCUCAUCGAUAUCGCCUGGAGAGGCGUGGGGGAUACUAUUACCCAAUGCUGUCUACCCCUCAGCAGUACCCCAUGUACCCUGCACAAAAGAGAGACAGCAGCCAAUGGGGAGGAUCUGCAAAGGACAAGAGAUUCAUGGUCUCCAGGAAGCGUCAAGUUAUCUCACCCCGUGAUGAAGUACAGGUACUGACCCAGUUACUGGACCACCCUUAUCGUGACCCAGGGGUGCCACUGUACCGCCGUGUUCUACUUUGAAAAAAGUCUCCACUUUGAAAUACCGUACAUCAUUUCACCACAUGGCUACAGAUUAGAAAUAAAUGCAGUUGAAUUCUCACCAAUAUCCACUGAGUAAAUGAACCAAACAGCAGCUAACGGGAUGUUCUACAUAGUGUUCAGUGUUAUUGCACAAAUAUAUUGUCAUUACUUAUCACACAUCAGAACAUGUAAAACUUGUACCAAUUCCCAGUUCUGGGAUAACUUUUAUGUUUAAUGAGUUAACUUUAUUUUAUUAAAGUGAAGAGAAAGGAAGUUUGUACUCCUUUCAUUUCUACUUAGAAAAUAAAAUUGACCAACAAAUUAA